AUGGGGGAGAGAACUGGGAGGGUGAAGUUUGUCCUGAAGAACUAUGGGGAGAACCCGGAGAACUACAACGAGGAGCUGCGGAAGCUGGAGCAGCUCCGACAGAGUGCCGUCAACGUGCCCAGGGACUUCGAGGGCUGCAGCACGCUGCGCAAGUACUUCGGCCAACUCCACUACCUGCAGAGCCGCAUCCCCAUGGGCGCCGAGCAGGAGGCGGCGGUGCCCAUCGCGUGGACCGAGAUCUUCUCGGGCAAGACGGUGACUCACGAGGACAUCAAGUACGAGCAGGCGUGCAUCCUCUACAACCUGGGCGCGCUGCACUCCAUGCUGGGCGCCAUGGACAAGAGAGUCUCCGAGGAGGGCAUGAAGGUUUCCUGCACCCAUUUCCAAUGCGCCGCCGGGGCCUUCACGUACCUGCGGGAUCACUUCCCCCACUCCUACAGCGUAGACAUGAGCCACCAGAUCCUCAACCUCAACAUCAACCUCAUGCUGGGCCAGGCGCAAGAGUGUCUCCUGGAGAAAUCCAUGCUGGAUAACAGGAAGAGUUUCCUCGUGGCCCGGAUCAGCGCCCAGGUGGUGGAUUACUACAAAGAGGCCUGCCGGGCGCUGGAAAACUCAGAGACAGCCUCGCUGCUGGGAAAGAUCCAGAAGGACUGGAAGAAACUGGUUCAAAUGAAGAUCUAUUAUUUUGCUGCUGUGGCCCAUCUGCACAUGGGAAAACAGGCCGAGGAGCAGCAGAAGUUUGGGGAAAGGGUCAUCUACUUCCAGAGCGCUCUGGAUAAACUCAACGAAGCAAUCAAGCUGGCAAAGGGCCAGCCAGAAACCGUCCAGGAGGCCCUGAGAUUCACCAUGGAUGUGAUCGGUGGCAAGUACAAUUCGGCCAAAAAGGACAAUGACUUCAUCUACCACGAAGCUGUGCCUGCGCUGGACACCCUGCAGUCCGUGAAAGGUGCCCCGCUGGUGAAAGCCCUCCCCGUCAACCCCACGGACCCGGCUGUCACCGGCCCCGAUAUAUUUGCCAAGCUGGUGCCCAUGGCUGCCCACGAGGCCUCAUCCCUGUACAGCGAGGAGAAGGCCAAACUGCUGAGAGACGUGAUGGCGAAGAUCGAAGCCAAGAACGAAGUGCUGGACCAGUUCAUGGACUCCAUGCAGCUGGACUCCGAGACCGUGGACAACCUGGACAUGUACAGCCACAUCCCCCCCAUCCUGAUGGAGAAAUGCGCUGCGCUCAGCGUGCGCCCCGACACCGUCAAGAACCUUGUCCAGUCCAUGCAGGUGCUCUCCGGGGUUUUCACCGACGUGGAGGCUUCCCUGAAGGAGAUCCAAGACCUCCUGGAGGAGGACGAGGCUCAGGAGCGGAAGCUGCAGGAGCUGCUUGGGAAGGUCCCGGCGCCCCAGGGGUCCCCCCCGCCGCCGUCCCCGGGGCUGGCCGAGGUCAGCAAGGAGUGCUCCAAGUACAUGGAGGUGCACGAGAAGGCCAGCUUCACCAACACCGAGCUCCACAAAGCCAUGAACCUCCACAUCGGCAACCUCCGCCUGCUCAGCGGGCCGCUGGAGCAGGUCCGGGCCGCGCUGCCCUCGCCUGCCUUGACCGAAGACGACAAGCAGGUGCUGCAGAACCUGAAGCGAAUCCUGGGGAAGGUGCAGGAGAUGAGGGACCAGCGGAUGUCCCUGGAACAGCAGCUGCGCGAGAUGAUCCAGAAGGACGAUAUCACCACCUCGCUGGUCACCACCGACCGCUCCGAGAUGAAGAAACUCUUUGAGGAGCAGCUGAAGAAGUACGACCAGAUCAAGGUCUACCUGGAGCAGAACCUGGCCGCCCAGGAGAACGUCCUGAAGGCCCUGACGGACGCCAACGUCAAAUACGCGGCCGUGCGCAAGGCCCUGGCCGAGGUGGAGCACAAGUGGAACACGACCGUUCAGACCUUGGUGGCCUCCUACGAAGCCUACGAGGACCUGAUGAAGAAGUCGCAGGAGGGGAAGGAUUUCUACACCGACCUGGAGGGGAAAGCUGCCAAACUGCUGGAGAAGGCCCGCGCUGCCUGCCAAGCCGCCGAGGCCAACAGGCAGCAGAUCUUGGAGAACCCGGCGGGGGCGCCGGCCCCCGGCCGCCUGCCGCAGAGACCCCCGCCCUCGCUGACGCCAGGCCCCGGUGAGGCCCCCUUCCAGCGGCAGAGCUCCUCCACCGACGACCUCCUGUCCUCCAGCCCCGAGAGCCAGCACGGCGGCUCCAAGGCAGCUGUGGGCCAGCCCCUGCUGCAGCCCACCAAGGCGGACGCCAAGGAAGGGCAGAAGCCCAAGGCGGUGCAGCUGAUCGAGAACGAUCCCUACGAGAAGCCGGAGCGAGUCCUGCGGCUGCUGGCGGAGCUCGAGCGGUUCCGCGGGCUGGUGGAGCGGCUGGAGCGCCCGGGGCCCGGCGGCAUCGCCGAGCUGGACGCCAUCUGGAAGGAGCUGCAGGACGCCCAGGAGCGGGAUGCCCGGCAGCUCUCCAUCGCCAUUGCCCGCUGCUACUCCAUGAAGAACCGGCACCAGGACAUCAUGCCCUACGACCGGAACCGCGUCGUCCUCCGCUCGGGCAAGGACGACUACAUCAACGCCAGCAGGGUGGAGGACCUCUCGCCGUACUGCCCCACCAUCAUCGCCACCCAGGCCCCGCUGCUGGGCACCGCCGCCGACUUCUGGCUGAUGAUCUACGAGCAGAAGGUCUCCGUCGUCGUCAUGCUGGUGUCGGAGCAGGAGCUGGACAAGCAGAAGGUGCUGCGGUACUUCCCCCCGGAGCGGGGCCAGCCCGUGGUGCAGGGACCCAUCACCCUCGUCCUCACCAGCCUGAAGGUGGCCCCCACCCACGUGGAGCGGAUGAUCACGCUGCAGUACCGCGACCAGAGCCUCAAGCGCACCGUCGUCCACCUCCAGUUCACCUCCUGGCCUGAGCUGUACGGCACCGGUGGGGGGUUUGGGCCCACCCGGGGCGCCGGGGCCGGGCGGGGGCCCCCGGGCCUUCGGGCCUCCCGCCUGCCCCGGGGCCGGCACGGCGCUGCCUCUACAAUCACCAGGAUUCGGUUAAGAGGCGCCAUCGGCGUUUACUGGAGGGAAGAGGAAGGGUUCGGCCCCGGGCGGGGACGGCAACUCGAGGCUCGUGCCCGCCCUGGGCUGGAGCGGGGCCCGUAG